AUGGUUCAAUCCAUAGUCACAGGAUUCGCCAAAGUAGUCACGAUCCACGUUCCAAACGGCUCGAUCCCAAACGGGGUACGAUUGCGUACCGAUCGCCGACAGAAACGCCCUCCGGUACGUCAUGCUUGCGAUCCCACCAAUUCUUUAAAUCGAUACCUGAAACGUGAAAUUGGCAAAUUGGAUUGCACAGAAACGCGAUUGGGAUCGGGAAUUUUGGUUUUGGAACGCCGAUUUGUGAAAUUGGUGGGAAAUUGUUUUUAUCCGGAGAAAAGUCAUCGACGCUUGAUUUCUUCCUUAAGCCCUCGAUUCCAUGUUAGUCACAAGGGAAGGAUACUUGAACCAGUAGAAAAGCUGAAGGGUGGAUUAAGGAGCCGAAGUCCUAGACCAAGUCUCCUCUACGUAGGAGUAGGUCACCUUCUAGAAGCAGAAGCCCUGAAGGAGGAGGAAAUGAGAAAGCAUCAACAUCAUCACCCUAUUCCCAUGGUAGAGCUGGUUCCAGAAGCCCUUUGCAGCGUUCUGAUUCCAGUGUAA